ACUGCUCACAAUAAUACGACGUCGUUCUUGAUGUCGUCUGCGGCGAGGCCGUCGUUUCUCCUUAAAUUAAUGCUAGAAACACGGAUUAAGUGGGGGCCCACGAGCAGUACCUGUAAAAAUAAAUAAAUAAUAUAAUGGAAAAUACAGUGCUUUACCCGACCGGACACGUGACACGUCACUCCAUCCAAUAAACUCAAUAAUUAAACUCAACCCGCAUCACUCUCUCGCUUCCCAUUGGCUAUCGUCUUCCACGUCAGCGGUGUUCAGGAGUCCCCGCCACACAUCUCGAACAAAUUUCUAUCCUCCUUCGUCGGUAAAUUCUCUCCUCCGCACUCCUCCUUCCUCUCACAGCUCUCCCUAACUUUCCCUCUUACAAUUCCCACUGCGAAAUUCCGUCGAGAUAUUUCUCAUUUGUCUUUACGAUCUCUCUCUCUAUCUCUAGCUCUCGUCCCCUUCGUUCUGGAAUUCCGUAGCGCGUAAGUUCUCCGGUCGCAUGGCUCCGACGAGGAUUCCAUCGGUUAGCUUCGCAGCUGUUUGUUUGGUUCUGAUCGCGAUUCCUUUUCCGGCGUCGGAAGCUUUGAUCGCCGGCCAGGAUGCCAAUCCUCCUUACCCCAAAGCCAUAUCUGAUUUGAAGGAAGCAAUUGUAAAGGGGUUGGGAUUCAAGGAGGAGGAUUUCAAGAUAUCUGGAUUUGAUUGGAGAGACAUCUUAGUGGGAAGGUCGGUGGCUUAUGAGUUUGAUGUUGAGAUUGAUAAUAAAGUUCUUCCCUUGAAGCUUCUGGAGGAUGUGAAUAGAUGGGAGUAUGUGGAUUUGCCCAUUUUCCGGGUACAGGACCCUACAAGGCCUGGAGAGGCAAAUGGACUGGUGGAGAAGCACAAAUUGGACAGUGAGAUUCCUGUGUUAGCUCCAUUCACUUUGGCAGGGCCUAUGGAGCUUUGGAUCCAGGAUGCCGAGAACAUGAGGCUUUCACUUCCUCAUGAUGUGGAUGCUGGUAAAGUGAAGAAAGUGGUCUUAGCAGAUGGUGCAAUGGUCACUGUUAAGGGUGCCAGAUCUGUAAGUCUCCGACAUCCGGUUGAGCUCCCACUUCCGUUUAAUAGGUCCCAGAAUGGGUUUGCCUCUGGUUUGUUAGCUCUCGCAGAACAUCUACGUCGUGCUCCCCGCACUGAAGGUGGUCCUGUGCUAUCACUUCGCAUCGUUGGCCCAACAUCUCUCACAUCUCCUACUUCAUCAUCACCCGCUUCAGCUAAUAGGCUUAAACUUAAGCGUCUUGCACCCGGCCUAGUAGAGCUAUCAUCAGUGCCUAAAAUGAAACCCAUGGCCAUGGAUGCCAUCUCCACCAUUGAUCUCCAGAAAGAGUCCACAGCCCUCUUAACUCCCGUUCAGUUCACUACAUUGUGGCCACUCGUAUCUGUCAAUGGUUCAAAUUCUAACUUGCUUGGUUUUGAGGCCUUGCUUUCAUCUGUGCUGGGUCCUAAGGCAAAUAAAAAGGGUUCUUUCAAGUUGCUGAGGGCAGAUGUAUCAGCUCAGACUUUCGUGAAGAUAGGUUUCGGAUUGGAGAAGAAGUUGAAAGAGGGGGACAAAGGGUUCAAUUGGGAGAGUUUUCCUGAGUGGAUGACAAAGCCCGAGUCUGUGAGAAUGCAUUUUGAAGUGUUGGCCAAAGUAGAUGGGGACAAAGUUGUACCUGAAAAAGUGGUGCAGGUUAAUCCUGUAACUAUAGAGAACACCGUGACACCAAAUAUGCUCUCAGGCAAUGUAAGCAUGUCUAAAGCUCCCAUUGUUCAUCCUCCUCCAAUUCCAUUCACAUUAUAAAUUCCCCAGAGGUAGUUGAGGAUCCGAGCCAUAUUGUAUAGGUAAAAUUUUCUUUUAUUUUUAUUUUUAGUUUUUUACACUCUCCCUGAUUUUUAAUCAUGCUCUAAACAGAGCUAAAGAGAGUGGAUAUUAUAUGUUAUAGAAGAAUGGAGGACAAAUCUUGGAUUUUAUUGAAUAAUGAACAUCAUUUUGCUCAAAGGGAGCGCGCAUGUGUAUUAUAUAUAUUAUAUGUUAUAUUAGAAUUGCCAAGAAAUAUCGUUAUUUAUUGAAA